AGAGCAUGAUAUGCCAAUCGCUUAACUAAGCUGUAUAGACAUUAGUCCUUUGCCAUUCCAUUGUGAAAAGCAACUGAACUUUGACAGUUGACGACGUUGACAAGCCGCCUUUUUGGUUGUUCAAUUUGGGAGCUGCCGGUUACUUUAUUUGGAAAAGACUGAAUUUUCAAAAUGCCGAAACAUAAGAAGGAUGCAAGUAGUAGUAGCAGUGAUAGUGACGACGGACCAGUCGAUAGAAAUCCACCACCAGAUAAAAAAGCCAAAACUACUCAGUCAACGCGGACUAACGACAAGGAGCCCACAUGGGUGCUUCAAGGAAAAAAGCUUGUCAAAGUGAGAGAAUUCAAAGGCAAGUGCUAUGUUGAUGUGAGGGAGUUUUAUGAGAAGAAUGGAGAACUCCUGCCUGGCAAGAAGGGCAUCAGUCUCACUCCAGAGCAAUGGCGGAAGCUACUCUCACUAGGCGAUGAAAUAAAUGAAACUAUAAGUACCUUAUGUUAAGAGCAACUGUUUGUUACAUUUUGUGCUUUUUGUUACCAUUGAUAAUUGUUAAUGCACUUGGUACUUCAUAUAAUCUAAUACUUGUUAAAGUGAGUUAAGCGAAUAAAUGUUUGCAACAAAAAUGUU